AUUUCAGCUCACGUUCAUCUUUGUUUGACAGUGCUGCCAGCAGUAUCUGUCCCGGAGCAGCUCUGCAUUCCGUUGGUGUGUUUUGCUCCUGUUGCAGGGAUAAGGCGCAUUGGCAGGAGGCCUGAUCAGCAGCAGCAGCAGCAGGGCGAAGGCAAACCCAUUGACAGGAGACCUGAGAGACGACCUCCUCGUGAGCGCCGAUUUGAUAAACCUGCCGAUGAGAAGGGCGAAGGAGGAGAAUUCUCUGUUGAUAAACCCAUCCUGGACCGACCGAUGCGUGGACGUGGUGGACUUGGAAGAGGCCGUGGCCGUGGCCGUGGGAUGGGCAGAGGAGAUGGGUUUGACUCUCGUGGCAAACGUGAAUUUGACAGACAUAGUGGCAGCGAUAGAUCCGGCCUAAAGCACGAGGACAAGCGAGGUGGCAGUGGAUCACACAACUGGGGAACCGUCAAAGACGAACUCACCGAAUUGGAUCAGUCUGCUGUAACUGAGGAAACGCCAGAGGGAGAGGAACAUCCGCCUGCUGAUUCUGAAAACAAGGAAAAUGAGGUUGAAGAAGUUAAGGAGGAAGGUCCUAAGGAAAUGACCCUGGACGAAUGGAAAGCUAUUCAAAGUAAGGAUCGUGCAAAGGUUGAGUUCAACAUCCGUAAACCAAAUGAGGGUGCUGAUGGGCAAUGGAAAAAAGGAUUUGUUCUUCACAAGUCAAAGAGCGAGGAGACAAAGGCGAUGACAGAAAUGCAGGGGAGUCUGCUGGAGUCAAAUGAGGCUCACGCUGAGGACUCGGUAAUGGAUCACCACUUCCGUAAGCCUGCCAACGACAUCACAUCCCAGCUGGAGAUCAACUUUGGAGACCUCGGCCGCCCCGGACGCGGUGGUCGAGGGGGCCGGGGUGGCCGAGGACGUGGAGGCAGGGCCAGCCGUGGGGGCAGGACUGACAAGUUGGUUAAGGAGUUUGAUGUGAUCCACACGCCCAACCAGUCAAGUGCUUCUGCUCCUGAUGUAGAUGACCCAGAGGCUUUCCCAGCUCUGUCCUAAACUGGAUGUCAUAAGCCAACCCUGCCCUCGUCGGGCCUUCCUCUCCGAGGCUUGCAUGCUUAAGGAUCCUAAACAACUAAGAAAUUUAAAAAAAAAAAAAA